AUCAGGGCGCGGAUGAGAUGGGUGGGUCCUGUGUUAAAGCGGUUGUUUGACUUGCAAAGCAGGCCUGGGCGCUCAGGAACGGGGCAUUGAGGGAAGGCCCUUCCCUGGGAAGUGGAAACAUCAGGGACACAGACAGUUGCUGCGCUGCUUUGUGCUGGGCUGCAGGCCUUGUCACCCACAGGCAUGAAUUAGUGAUAAGGAAUGUUUCAAGCCAUGAGGAGGUGUCAGGAUCAGACAGGCAGACGGACAGACGGCAGGACGGAUACACGGGUGGGGGCUGUGCUAGGCGGCUCGGCGGCAGGCUGGUGGAAGAUGUCGUCAGGAGCCGGUGGGAGGGGCGGAAGGCGGCUCAGGGGGACAGCAAGCAGCGGUGGUGGAGGAGGGAGAGGAGGGGCAGGGGAGGCAGAGGAAGGCCCCGUGGGGAUCCCCUUCCCUGAGCACAGCGCAGACAUCCUUGGCAGCCUGAACAAGCAGCGGCUAAGCGGCCUGCUGUGUGACGUGCUCCUGGUUACCCAGGACCGGGAGUUCCCAGCUCAUCGUUCCGUCCUGGCGUCCUGCAGCUCCUACUUCCACAAGCUCUUCACUUCCGGUGUUGCCGCUGACCAACAGAACGUCUACAACAUCGACUUUGUGGCGGCGGAGGCUCUGGGAGCGUUGUUGGACUUUGCCUACACAGCCACGUUGACAGUCAGCCAUAGCAGUGUGGCUGACAUCCUUGCCGCUGCGCGCCUCCUGGAAAUCCCACCUGUCCAGGAUGUCUGUACACACCUGCUGGACACCAAAGUGCUCUCCCCGCCGGCGGGCAUUGAGCGAAGAGAUGAAGAUGAAGAUGAGGAGGGGAAGGGCAGAGGAGGCAGGGAUCAGGGGAACCGGGUGCGGGCCCGGGAGUACCUGGAGUACUUCCAGAGAGGGGCGCACUGGAGCAGCAGCUGCAGCACGCCGGAGCUCAGGGACCUGCCCACACACCUGCACUUUAGCCACGGUAACGGUGGGGCCCCCAGCAACGGGGCUCCUGCUGGCCCCGGUGAGUACUACUCCCCCCUGGCCCUUGCUCUGGCCCAGGCCCCCACACAGGAACCAGAGGAAGAGGAUGAGGAUGAUGAGGAAGAUGAGGAUGGGGAAGCAAUGCAAGGGAACGGAGCAAGCCUGGGGUCAUCUUACUACCCUCCUUCCCAAAAUGGGCACUUCUACCUCCCCCCUGAGUCAAGGCUGGGGCAGGAGACAGAGGUGGAGGAUGGAGGUAGGGAGGUGAUGGCGAGGGAGAGGGGUUCUGCCAGUGCCCUACUGCAGCAGAUGAUGGACUCCAUCGAGAGGCAGAAGGAGCGUGCAACAACUGGGGAGGAACAGGGAGAUGGGGAUGACCCCGACAUGGAAUUUUACUUGAAUUAUUUUAACAGCUCGCAGCAUGAGGAUACAGCUUCUGCUGAUGUGACACAGGGAGUGCCGCCGCUCUGGCUAUCACGGGGCAGAGCAGGCCAAGAGAGAGUAGGAGGAGGGGAGAGGGGAGUGGGAGAGAGAGCCAGCGGGGGUGGAGGAGGAGGAGGUGGAGGAGAGAGGAAGAUGCGCUCUAAGGCCUUUCAGAAAUGCCCCAUAUGCUCCAAGGUCAUUCAAGGAGCAGGCAAGCUACCCCGCCACAUCCGAACGCACACGGGAGAGAAACCCUAUGAAUGCGCCAUCUGCAAAGUGCGCUUUACCAGGCAGGACAAACUCAAGGUUCAUAUGCGGAAGCAUACAGGAGAGAAGCCUUACCUGUGUACGCAAUGUGGAGCCGCCUUUGCUCACAACUACGACCUGAAGAACCACAUGCGCGUACACACUGGCCUGCGCCCCUAUCAGUGCUCAAGCUGCUUCAAGACUUUCGUGCGCUCGGAUCACCUGCACCGCCACCUCAAGAAGGACGGCUGCAACGGCAUCCCUUCUCGUAGAGGCCGAAAGCCUCGGGUGCGAGAGCCAGGGCUCCUCGAUGCCCCCCUGGGCCUGCUGAGCCCCGGCUCUGACACAGGCCCCGGGCCUCGUACCAUCAGGGGACGGCGGCGCUCGGAGGCGUCCUCAGCAGCAGAGGUGGAUGGGGCUGCUGGAGCUCAUGCACACAGUCCUCAGCUGCAGGAGUUGGCAGGGGAGACAGGGCCCUGAGACUGCAGGGGCGACAAGGACGCUGCUGGACACCAUAGUCACUCUGCACCGCCUGUGAGACAGGCCAGUGAACAGAGAGGAGAAAAAACAUGCAAAGGCAAACUUUAAAAAACAAACAAAACAACUAACUAUUCCUCUAUAAACCAAAUCAGGGUGUCACAAAAAUCUAAUCUUUAUAUUUCUUUCUCCUUUUACUUUUACUAGGAAAUGGAGUAGACUUGCAAGCACUUGAGUCGGUUUAUCUGUUGAAGAGCAAAGAACGCUUCAAAUCAUGCACCCAUGACGUCCACUUUCUGGGCCAUUUCUUUCUUUAUAAUAUUAGGGGUUUUAUACAUUGGCAUAUGUGCUUAGGCAAAUGUAUGAUAGAUACAAAGAAACUCUGAGCAACUAUGCAGUUGAUUUAGAUUUUUAUUGGUUUUGUCCUCACAGCCUUCAAGCUCUAAGCAAGGUGUCUAUCAAGCACCUUCUGGCUGCUGUACGGGUGAAGCGAGGACAAAUCCUCCCAGUGAAAACAACUCUUUUUCUAUUCUUUUGCAGGUCUGAAAUGUACAGUUACCAUAGAAACAACAUUGCCACAAUAUGGCAUAUGCAAGGAAAAGUCACCACAAUUUUGAUGCAACAGUUUUUUCUCUCUAAAUGUUCCAGAAAGAAUCAGACAAGGGUUUGAUUGAAGUGUUGCUUUCUCUAUAAAAUGCAUUUUAAGAAUAUAUGGUUUGUCUUAUUGAAAAACAAAUUGAUGUUGAGUCAAAUCCAUUUUAUUGGGGGCUCAUCAAUUGCAGGACUAGGGAAUAUGAGGGGUGGAGGGUUUGUGUUUUUGAAGCACUACCAUCGUCAAUGUAUUUGUUGGCUUGACUACGUCGCCUCUUAUCCCUCACAACCCUGCAAUUUCAGCAUUUCUGUUUUCCCUUUUGAUUUUGUCUUAAUUUUUUUGUCGUUCUUUUUGUUGACUGCUUCGGGUACUUGACACUUUAUAAUUGUAUACAUGUAUAUACAGCAGGUGGUGAUAUGACAUUGGUCCCCUCUUAAUGCUGAGGUGUACUUAUCGGGUUUUUCCUCCUUGGCUUGAUGUCAUAUUUCUCACUGAGUGAAGCUUGUGGGUGAACAAACUGUAUGAAUGUUUGAUGAAAAAAGAAAAGAACAUUGAAUCACCCAUUUGUCCUAAACUUAACACUUGACAUGUAUAGUUCCUGCCCAAAGGAUGAGGAGGUCGAAUGAAUGAAUGUGCUUAACUUUGUGCAGUUUUUCGGAAUCUGUCCUUGUGUGACAAGGCGCGGGUAGCAUUUAACCAAUCGCAGGUUAAAGGAAUGGCAGGGAGCCCGAGUGAGAGAUUGACAAAGAGUACGAAGAAGAGAUAGAUGAGCACCUUUUUCUAUGUUUGCACAGCUUUACUAAAGAUAUCCAACAGAGCGAGAAAGAGGUAUAUUUAAAGGAAGUGGGCUGGUGUUGGGGAGGGAGUGAGAGGAGGUUUAUGUAUCAUGCUUAUUCCAAUCUUUUUGCCCUAGGGACCACACAACCGUGAGGCAACCUGUAUGAUGAAGAGAGCAAUAAAUACCUGUCCAAGUUGGGAGGCCGAAUAGGAGCACAGCUGCAGCUGGUUGAUGGGGGAGGGGAACAGGGGAAGGGGAGGGGGAUCUCACAAUGUCUGUUGCAUUCCAAAAAAUAAUCUCCCCCAGCUCAGCCACGUUUCCAGGCAGGAGGGGAUCAAAUCAGGCCUUUUCUCUCCCUCUCUCUCCCUCUGUAGUCCUCUAAUGCCCCCGAACCAGCCUGGAGGGGAUAUUAUUAUAUUAGAGCCUGGUGUUAUUGUGGGUAGGACGCCUGGUGCUGGCAGUUUAGUGUGUGAGUGUGUUUACAUGUACGUGUGUUUGUGUACAUGUGUGUGCGUGGCAGCCAGGGUCGCUCUGGCCACAUCAUCACUGUGUGAGUCAGCCACAGCCUGUUCAAACAUGCACCCUGAGCUGCCAGCCCCAAUGCACUUUCUCUGUCUCUCUCUCUCACACACACAUUCACAGUCACUCACUGAGUCCAGGUAUCCUGUAGAGAAGGGGAAAACACCAGAGCUGACAUAUCUGUCUGAAUAUUGUUAGUGACUCCAUACAUCUGGAUUUGUUAGUCUUAAAAUAUCCAAGUUGUCUUAUUGUACUCCAAAUCCAAUGUUAUUUUCCAAACUUGCACGUUGAGCCUUUGAGUCAAGAACAGAACAUGCGUGUGAUUUAGACACCCCCCCCCCCACCUCACCCUAUAACUUCUGCAGUAGUGCUUUAGUUCAACUAUCAGUCCAUUGCACCCUAAUUGGAAAGAGGCAGGCUAUGAAUGCACUUUGUUACUGAGGAGGGCACUUUUGUCAACGAAACGGGUACUUUGAAACAAACCAGUUGCAAAUGAGAUCAGUCCUUUUGUCUGUCUGUGGUGAUGAAGUUGUGCUCCUUCACUGGUUUUGUUCAGGUUUUGAUGACGAGCUGCCAAAAAACCCAGAAAUAUAUGAGUUAAGAUCUCUAAAUGAGACUGCGGUCGGGUUCAGAUACAGGCUGGGUUUUGUGACCUUAAAAAAAACAAAAAACAAAAUUAAUCCAUGUAACUGAUUGCACUUGAAGUUAGCUGUUAAAGAAAUCUAGUGAGUUGUCUUUAUGUCUUAAUGUAAAGGAAGCGGAUAGAAGGAGGAGGCAGACAAAGAAGAAAGGGCACUGUGUGUGUGUGUGUGUGUGUGCGCGUGUGUGCGUGCGUGCGUGCAUAGUUUUUCGUGCACGUGCAUAAGCAUGUUUUGCUGGCUGGCAGGCUGGAGGGUCUCAGGACAAGCUUGGAUAAACAAACUUCGUGUCUACCCCAUCUGUUCACCAGCUUCUCUCAUAACUACACGUGUUCUCUGAGGAACCACAGUGAUAAUAGGUCCACGGUACCACAGAAGCAAAAAUACCAUAUUGUAAAACAACUCAUUGGACAGUUGCUUGUUUACUUCAUGGCUCUCUUGGUGCAGAUUUGCAUAACUCUUUGUUUACCCUUGUUGGUCAUUGUCAGGGGUUGGCUAGGUCUUGAGAGUUUUGCUUUCUAUUUUUGCCUCUCUGUUAUGAUAAAGAUGGGGUUUAUUAAUGCACAGUUUGACUCCCACAGGCAGACCAAUGUAAGCUGGAUACAGUAUGUCUACCUGGUUUGUGAUCUUUAUGUAGUGGUACUUGGUAUGGACUGCUUAAACCCAUUUUGUCUCGAAGUGAGCCCUGUGAGCCGUCUUAAACAUAUGUUUCUCGGACCUAAAUAUUUCCCCAAAAGUCUUAUGUUGUUUGUUGAUUAACCAAAGCUUUUUGCCCUCAAUCUUAGUCUACUGUUAGACUAGAGAUAUUAAAAGUAUGUCUAUAAUUUAUCCAGAAUGGGCCUCCCUGACUAAGCCACAGAUGCCCUCCUCUUGAAUACAUAUGCAGAUAAGUGUGUGUAAUCAUACAGAUAUUUACUUGAGUUUGCUUUCUCUUUGUAUCCUUGUGGACAAUAGAAUCAGAGGUUUGAGGAUGUAUUGUUUUUUUCUGUCUGUCUACAUUCGUAUUUCUUAAAAUAAGGUGUUGUGCUACAGCUAUUUUUCUUUCUAACAAUUUUACAUGGCUGUGCGUGUGUGUGUGUGUGUGUGUGUGUGUGUGUGUGUGUGUGUGUGUGUGUGUGUGUGUGUGUGUAUGCGUGUGUGCAUGUGUGUAUGCGUGUGGGAUGGGGUCGUGGUUUUGGGUUGCUGUGCCAGGAGGGUGGGGUAAAUGGGUGCUUGGGUGGGGUUAUGGAUAUAAAGCCUGAUAGCACUGGAAAUGGUGCUUUAGCUGAGAGAGCAAAAGUUUGCACUAAUGUUAAAUGUCCUUGUCCUGCUUAUGGGAGAAGGGCAGGAGACCUCAGAAAGGCCUGCGAGUUUCCAUGAGCACAGAGCAGUGUGGUUAAUACUCAAUGGUCUCAUAAAGAGUCCAUCCAACCCCUCCAUAGAAAUAAUCAUGUACAGUAUAUUAAAAAAAUAUACAGACGUCCAACAACAACAAAUACCAAAGGAGAAAAAAUGGCUGGCAUUCAAGUCAUUGGACAUUUUAAGCUACCAAUCUAAUGUCGGAUUAAUAGAGGUUUUAUUGUUUAAUCUGAAGGCUCUUGAAAAGAGAUUGUGGAUGUAACUUUAUAUGGAAACUAGAAAUAGUGUGAUCAAAUCAUAUUUGCUCUUUAUAUUGAAAUAUUCCAAAUAUACAACAUUUAGGCACUUAGAAAGUAGCAAAGACUCCGAAAACAUUGGAAACAUUUGAGUGUGUCCUGAUCUGAUGGCUGAGAUGUACUGUGUGCAGGUGCCAGAGAUAUUGAACCCAGUUCUUUUUAAAUUUCAGAGAUGGGAUUUUAUCAACGAUUGUCUCAUGUUCAGUCAACCGAUGAAUUAUGAUAUGAAAUGAUAAUGGAAAAAUAUUGUUAAACACUGUUUAUUUUGAUCCUUUCUGAAUUGGAUGAUUUCAGUUUACUUUUCUGAAAAGGUUGACUUGAAUUUUGAAAUGUUCUCUAGUUGAAGCAGACUGGGACUUUGAGGCUUUGUCUGAGCAGCACUAAGCUUUUUUCAUUGUAUGUUUCCAGACAGUUGUAUUGUGCAGUGUGAGGCUGAGGCUCAAUCCCACCAGGUGGACAGUAAAAAAAAUCUAGGGCCACAGUGUGCCUUAUGUGGACGUGGACUGACAAAACUCACAACAUUUAUUUUUUUAUUGUUUUUUUUUUACCAUAAACACUUUUCUUUCCCAAUUUUAAAACCAAAUUGUAAAAGCUGAUUGGCUUGGUACUGAAAUUCAUCAUUGAGCUGUUUAAGCUUUACUUGAAUUCAUCUACAAUAAUGUAUCUGUACUAGCCACUACUUCAGAGCUGUGUCUCUGUCAGCCUCUAUAGAUCCACAACUGGUGUGUCCUCCGCCUCAGCCCCACACCAAGGUUACUCUGACACAGGCUACACUGAGUCUCAGAACACUUGCGUUUUUCCAAAUUGACCUUGAUAUGUUUUGUUUUUUUUCCAAUGCUGUUAUCAAAGAUUUUUGGUUAUCCUAUCUGAGAAGGCCAUAAAACAAAGACGACCAACAACUAUGAUAACAAUUAUAACUGUAAAUAAUCAAACGAAGCAGGACGGGGUGACUGUUAAUAUUGAGAUUUGAAGGGGUUAUUUGCUUUGCUUUGUCAUUUUCCUGCACACCUGAUAUUUUUCCGUGUUUUCCAUCAGGCUCUUGAUGCACAGCAAGCUGAGCGCAGCAUAUGCAGUACGGCACUAUGCGCAGCGUGGCUCUGGCACUUACACAGACAGCCCUGGGUCCUUCAGAGAGGCAGGCUGCUGUCUGUUGGCUGCUCUCAGCCAAGUGGGGACAGUUUGCACUUGGAGUCUUUCUCAGUCUCUGGGGAUACAAAGGUUGGCAUACAGGGAGGAGGAUUAAAUACGGGUGGUGGGGGAUGGCUGGAUGUUGUUUUCAGGGAUGAGGUUAGAAAGCCCAGGUGACGGACUUAUUUGCUGAGCAAUGGUUCAGUGUUGGUCCUCUAAAGCUGGUAGGAAUUGCAUGGCCACAAUAUGAUAAGAAUUGUAAUACAAAGGAGGUCACCACAGAUUUCACAUUGGGGAACUGCAACAAGGAGAAUGUUGCGGAUCUCUUUUGUCUCUAUGUAAGUACUACUCAGGUGGAAAAUACACUGCUAUGCAUUGGGUUUCAAUGUCUGCUAAGUUUAUGGUAUGUCUAAUCACCCUCCAAGUUCCAUCUCUGUCUUUGCCUUUCUUGUUCAUACCAAUAUUUAACAUAAUAGUUCCCAGAAAGAUAAAAACAGGAACAGUUCCCUCAUUGUAAAGUGGCUGUGACCAGCCUAUUUCUCCAUCUAAUAUUGAUCCAGUGGAUUGUUUGUUGGAGGGAAGGAAGCCACUGGAGAUUCAGUCUUAUUAGUCAGACUGUAACAUUUCUGAAAGGAGAUGGGGUUGGAGAAACAUGGGGGGUGUAUGUUCUCUUACUUUCUUCUCCCAUCGCUCUCCCUCUCUCUGGACUCAGACUGUACAUCUUUGCUGCCGACUGGCCUUUGAUCAAAGAUCACACACCCUCAGCAGGGGGAAUCGACAGGAGAGAAAGGAGGGAGAGGGGAUUGGAUGAGAUGUGGAGUAAGAGACAGUUUCAGUUUUCAGUCACCUAAACCAAUUUAGGAUACAUUCCAUAACUUCAUACUGUGAUUCCCACUUUGGAGUUUUUGGCAGGUAUAAAGGAUGUGAGUUGGAGACGGCAGGAGGAAAUGGUCAACAUUUUGCAGUUGGCUGUUUCAGUCAGUCCGUCUAGCCUCACUAUCCCUCUACUGUGUGACAGACAGACAUGUAGACAGACAGUUAAAAAGGCCCCUGGCGCACCGCUAUCCAACUGCCUUUUUUCAGCUUCUGCGAUUGUAACAAAAGCACUUUGCGAAAGGCCAUCCUGAAUUUUGUGUGCUUUUAUUUUAUGGUUAUCACUAUUGUUAUAAUUGUGUUGUUCCUGUUUAUGUUUUUUUUGUUUUGUUUUCUCAGUGCAGAUGAUUAUUUAAAUGCAAAAAAAGAAAAAACCAACAUGAUGAAAAAGAAAAAAAAAGAAAAAACUUGAAUAUUUGCUAUCUGGAUUGACAGGUGGUCGGAGCUGCCACCUCAUCUGGACAUAAACAAACACAUCUCUGUUCUCAUACCUGUUAUAUGCAGCUUAUUGCAUAGUCACACAAAGGUAGGGGGGGUUACAGGACAGAUCUCCCCCUACCUGCUCUCUGCUUACUGUCUCAGAUCUUAUUGGGAGAAAGGUCAUUUGAUCUCAUUUUGGGAGACUCCUUUUCUUGAAAAAGAAACCUGUAUAACAGUUGCAAAGCUUUCUGAGAAGGCUAGCUGUGCUGAAUGUUAAACAUGCAGUGUUGUAUCCACUGCAGAAUCUCUUUGUCUGCAAUAACGCCCUGUCUGUUGUUAAAGGCUGGAUCUGGUAUCCAUACAGAGCAUAGGUGAUUAUGAAAGACGGAUGAAAUGGCCAAAUGAUCAUCAUGCACUUUUGCAAAUCAGUACGGCAAAUUUUGUUGGCCUUAACAUCUAUGUCAAAUCAAGAUUAUUGCAGUAGAGUGGAAAGAGUAAUAUUGAUCAUAAUAAGCAUUCAAUAAAUCUAUAGUUCAGUAAAUGGUUUAACUUGGGAGAGAAAGGAAUAGGCUACUAUUUAUAAUAGAUUGAUUUGUAACUGUGAUCAUUAUGAUAAUCCUUGUUUUUUCUGAUGUACAUUUGAAAUGGCAGAAUGUGUCCCGAUUCUCAAUCCCGGACAUAACUGUAAAUACACACGGCGUCACGUUAGGCGGAAAACUGCUGCUCCACUUCUCUCUGUGUGUUCAAACUUUCAUCCUUGUUGCACAGCUGACCACACCCCACCUUGUUUUUUCACAACAAGUGUACCCCAAAGGCAGAAUACCUGCUGUGAGGAAGUGCGACGUCAGCGAAUGUUUUAACCUGCAGAGUGCAGCAGCAGCCGUUCUCCUCUUCUACGUGAUUCAGAGUGGAUUUACUUUUUUAAUCAAACCCCUUUCUCUUCACAAAGGUUGUUGUUUUUUUUUUUUUCUUAGCAUAGCAGUCUGUCAGUCCAUAUCUGUUGGAAGCUGCAGGGGGGGAAUAUAGGUGAUUUUUGGAGAAUUUGCACUUUUUGGCGAUGAAAAGAAAUUGUAUUGUAUAUGAGACCACUAAAUCCACACAGUCUAAACCAUAUAAUUCCAUUUUGUGUCAUUUUUUUUGUUCUGUUCUUUUUUUUUAAUAUAUCCAAAAAUGUCUGGCAUCUGGUUGUCUGGUUUAAAGAAUAUAAAAUCUUUCUAUUAAAAACAAUGGUUGCAAA